CACUUCUGAUCCACAAAAACUCAAAUACUCUAAUCGUAAAAACGAAACGAGAUGAAUAUCUUUAACCAAUCUCGAAACCUAAUCCUAGCCACAACCAUUUUCCUAGUUUUCAUUGUUCCCCUAAGAGCCCAAGAUAGCCCACAAGACUUCCUGGCCUCUCACAACCAAGCACGAGCAGCGGUUGGGGUGGAUCCUUUAACGUGGGACGAGAGGGUGGCUGCAUAUGCUCGUGACUACGCAAACCAGCGUAGAGGUGACUGCGCCUUGGAACACUCAAGUGGGCCCUAUGGAGAGAACAUCGCCUGGAGCAGUGGUGACAUGUCAGGUGUUGAAGCAGUUAACAUGUGGGUGAACGAGCAGGCUGACUACGAUUACGGUUCCAACACAUGUGCCUCAGGAAAACAGUGCGGCCAUUAUACUCAGAUCGUCUGGAAAAACUCGGUGAGGAUGGGAUGUGCAAAAGUGAGAUGCGACAAUGGUCAAACCUUCAUUACUUGCAACUAUGAUCCUCGAGGUAACAUUGUGGGCGAGUGGCCUUACUAAAAAGAGUAGUCCCGUCCCGUU